CCUCUGUUCCUCCUCCUCCUCCUCCCUCUCCCCUGUACGGGGAAGCCGAGAGACGUCAGGCCGGACCGGAGAUUAGCAGGCGCUUUAAGUGGAUUAGAAAGCAGCCGAGGCAAAGAGAAGAGAGGAGAGGCGAGAAGUUGGCGGAGCAGGCGCCGCUUUGCGAGUUGCUUUCAGCCGGCUGCCCAGGCGCGCUUCCCUCGUCCGGCUUUCCUUUCUGGCUUGAAGAGCCCCGCCAUGCCCCAGACAGUGGCUCUCAACGGUCCUUCGCCAUGGGGGUUCCGCCUGGUCGGAGGGAAAGAUUUUAGCACUCCGCUGACUAUUUCCCGGAUAAAUCCAGGAAGUAAAGCUGCUCUUGCUAACCUUUGCCCAGGUGAUGUCAUUUUGUCAAUUAAUGGUGACAGCACAGAAAAUAUGACACAUUUAGAAGCACAAAACAAGAUCAAAGCUUGUCUGGAUCAACUGAUAUUGUCUGUGAACAGGACUGAAGGCAAGGUUUGGUCACCUAAUACUUCAGAAGAUGGAAAAGCACAAGCUUAUCGUGUCAGUGUAGAACCUGAACCACAGGAUAACGGACCUGUUCCAAACAGGAGACCCAUGGCCUUUUCACCUGGAGGAAGUCCAACAGACAGCAAGCAGACCUUAAAUUUGCAGUACAAUCAUCCUUCACGUCUGUAUGCAAAUAACAGUCCAGAUUCUAGUUUACCCUCACAGAUGAGCAGUCUCAAUAUCACACCUCCCCAAAGUGCUGAUCCUCUAAGGUCUCUCGCGAGGAACAAAAAUGGAAUCGACACAGACUCGGAUGUGUACAAAAUGCUACAAGAUCAUGAAAGGCCCGUUUCAGAACCUAAGCAGUCAGGAUCUUUCCGGUAUCUGCAAGGCAUGUUGGAAGCUGGAGAGAAUGGUGAAAAGUACGACAAAGUGACCAGUCCGAGACACAUUAAAUCUCCAGUCCCCAAAUUGGGUGGAGCCAUGUCUGGCUUGCAGGUGCUCCCUGAGUGUACCAGAUGUGGUAAUGGCAUUGUUGGCACAAUAGUGAAAGCCCGUGACAAGCUCUACCAUCCAGAAUGUUUCAUGUGUGACGACUGUGGCCUCAAUCUGAAACAAAGGGGCUAUUUCUUUAUUGAGGAACAACUAUACUGUGAGACACAUGCCAAGGAAAGAGUGAAACCACCAGAAGGAUACGACGUGGUUGCUGUUUAUCCCAAUGCCAAAGUUGAACUUGUCUAAUUAGAUACUGCUAUUUCCCAGCCAGGUUGAAAGAGUUAGAAGAGAGUCAAAGGGGUUUAUUCUCAGUAAAAUAUCUUUCAGAGAUUAAAUGAAUUACCCUUGGGACCUUAGGUGGCACAGUAUUGGUUGCAGAAAACCUUUGGAAACAAAUUGCUUUCCCCCAUUUCUUAUAAAACUUCGCUUUUUGGUUGCUGUGCUGGAUUUUGUUUUUGUUUUUUAAAAAAAAACAACCCUGCUAUAAUAGUUGCUGUAGACCAUCCAAAAUCUAUGUAAAAAUAGAUGCUUUUUAAAAAGAACUUUUCCACAUACAACCAGUAUUUUUUUUUGUCCCAUUUAAAAAUAAGGCACUUUAAGAACUGACAGUUUAAAGCAUUGCAUUAAAUUUUACUUUUUGUCAGUAAUAUAGAUAUAUGAUAAAUACAGCUUUGUGGCUUUCAGGGUAUAGAACACUGAGACCAUGUUUAAUUAUUAUUAUUAUUAAUAUAGUUAGAGAGAUUCUCUUACAAAACCUUUUUCAAGUGGUGUUGAUAUAGUUGCUGCCUAUUUGUUAUUUUAGUUAUGUUCAGUAUUUAGGAAACAAAUGCCUUUUUUAUUUGCAAAAAAAAAAAAAAA